GCUCUGCGUCGAGUCCGCGAGUACUUCCAGGAGCUCUAUCUCCUCCAACUGUCAAUGCAGUCCCUGGUCUCUGUGCCACCGUCUCUAGAAGGCCACGGAAACGAUCCGGAACUCGCGGCAGCAUUCGCGGAGGCAAUUAACGACCCCGAGAUCGACUACCUGCUUCAGAAUCCCGACAACAGACCGGGCAGUCUGUCCUUGGCCGGAGGCGACGGCCAACUGGUCCCGAGGAAGCACUCAAUCUCCUCCAUGGCGCUGCCUGCCAUCACCGCCGUCACCGGGCUUCUAGACGUCCGCUGUGUCGGUUGUGAGGGUCUGCUCGAAGUCUUCCCCGCUGACCUCUUCUGCCCCGGAGGGGGAGGACCCAGGUCGCGCCCAAAGCCUCGCCUUAUUGACUCUCCAGCCGAGUUUUCAGCUAGGUGUGAGGACAGGCCGAUUAAGACCCUUCGUACCCACGACCUCUUGCUUCUUCUAAGCACCUAUGAUCCGAGCCACGCUCUAGUGGAAGUCAGCUGCUGUUUGAAGGUGGAUAACAACGACAAGAAAUGGCAGUCACCCUGGCGUUCGCCUUCUUCCAACUGCUGGGACAGUGAAUGCUCUAUGAAGGUCUCCCAGGCCCGCGAACUGUGGAUCCAGGUCUUUUGGAAGCGCGUCUAUCCAAUCAGCGGCAGCGGCGUGUCGUCAACGGGUGGCACUCUCAGCGGGGGGUCUUUGAAAUCCGGCGAUGGCAGUUGUGCCGGAGGAAACAACAGCAAGAGUUCCGAGGAGUCGGACUGGGUCCUUGCAGCCGUUCAGUUCGUUCGCCUGCAGGACUUGCUUGACAGCAAGCCCCGCGUGCGUCUUCCAAUGCUGCCCCAGGGCUACGUCCAUCUGCAGCUUACCUUCACCGACCCACUGAUGCAGGCACCGCGCGGCCUGAAGCGACAGCGGCGUAUUUCACGACACAAGGCCCCCGAUAUGCCUCAAACCCUCGGCGUGCAUUCUGGCCUGCGACAGCUGCUAAAGCUAAGCCUUAAGCACUCGACCACGGAGCCUCAGGUUAUCCUCGGCCCUAUUAGAUUUCAUCGGAGCCAAAAUCGGCUAGGUCGGAGUCUUCCGUCCAGCGGUGGCUACGGACGCACAUCUCCAGGCUCCUUUGUAGUAGGCCUUGUUGUCGACUGUCGAAAUCUUCCCCGAUUCACCGAGUCCAACCUCACCGUCCAACAAUGGGUCCGCACUCACUUUGGCCGUUCGUCGACGCCCCAGACGACCUCCACGACGCCAGUGGCGUCCACUGGAUCCGUAGGCACCACAAUCGAGAUGAACGGCGCUCCUGCGCGCGGUCACAUCGCCAAUGCUGAGAGGGAGGGUCGCUAUACCAAAGCCAACUCUCCCAUUUGUGAUAACCGUUCACGCAACAGGCUGUCUACCCUCCCCAGUACUUCUCAAUGGGUUGAGAGUGUCAUCGAACGCAGCUACUUGCCCGCCUGGGGAUAUGUGCCGACCUGCCAAAAACAUGCGGGGCUUGCUUGUAACGUAAGACAGGUCUGCCAGUAG